GCUGUUGCCGCUGCUCCGCUGACGCCGCCAUCCGAAGGCCUUUCUCCAGUCCUCAUUAAUUUUCGUCAUUCCAUUGAGCUGCGGUGGGGAAGUGUUAUCCACGGAUUUCCAGCCCUCCCGCGAGCGCAGGUGGUUGCCAUAAUGAGUUUCUGUCCGCUCUUAUCUCUAGCGUGCCGAGGCCAGGUUCACACGCUGGCAUUCAGUGUUGCUUCUCUCUCCUCGCCCUUGGUUUUUUUUGGCUCAGGCUCUAUGGCUUACGUGUUUUGCAGUUUGCUAUGCGCUUGUGUGUUUUCAUUCAUUAUUUCUCUAAAAAAAAUUUAUCGGCAAAUUUCUUGUUAAUAUUAAAGAUGGAAAAAACACUUCGCGGGCAGCGCAGACGAGGAGGUGGGAGGGGAAUUCCUAGCCACGCCGCGAAUGUGUAUUCCACAGGACGGCCACCUCAAAUAAACCGGUUGUGGCCGGGGUGGGGAGGAAGGGUGCGUAGACAAUGGGUCAGGGCGUAACGGAAAGCAAUGCUCUAGGUAGAGGCGGGGCAUCAGAUUUAAAUCGAAAGGUAGGCACCCGAUUGGCCGCGCAGGGUAACACCACGUGACCUUGGAUUGUCGGAUUUCGAGGGCAUAAAAGGAAGGAGCGAAAAAACGUUAGGGAUUCUCCUCCAGCCAUUCAGCCGCCCGGGCCGACUCCCAGGCGCUGGCAGCGUCCGAGAGACGCUAGCUAGUGCCGCUACGACUCGACCCUAGGCAAAGACCUCUCGGGUCGUCCCUCCGACUCCCACAGCGUCCGUGAUGCAACCGUGAGUGCAUCUGCGAGUGCGCCGUCGCAGUGACGUGCUUAGGUGCAGAGUCCGGGUUCAGAGGGAGCGGAGCGGGCACCGCAGUGGCUGAGACGCGGAGGAAGAGACCAAGGCCGAGAGGCAGCGGACGGGACAUGGACGCGUGGACUCUGCUGCUGGGCGCCGCAGCGCUCUUCUGCUGCUUCUGCGCCCUGCGCGCGUGGCGCUCGCUUCGCGAGGCGCGCGCACACGCGAGGGCGCUCUCUGCGUUCCCGGGACCCGGCCGCCACUGGCUCUACGGGAACGUGCACUGCUUCCCCGACGAUGAAAGGGCGCUGCAGAAUGAGCUUAAGUUCUCCAAGGAGUAUUCAUUCGCCACACCGCUGUGGUUUGGACCGACAGUAAGCUACCUGUCCAUGACGCAUCCAGACUACGCCCGAGCAGUGCUCACAACCAGCGAACCAAAAGACGAUGUUGCAUAUGAAUUCCUUAUCCCAUGGAUUGGAAAUGGCUUGCUUGUGUUAUCUGGACCCAAGUGGUUUAGAAACCGGCGACUUCUGACUCCUGGGUUUCACUAUGAAAUCCUCAAACCAUACAUUGCCAUCAUUGGUCAAAGCACUGCAUCAAUGCUGGAUAAAUGGGAGAGACUUACAGAGAAGCAACCGACUUUAGAGGUUUUCGGUGACAUUUCUCUGCUCAUGCUUCACAGCAUCCUCAAGUGUGCGUUCAGCUAUGAAGGCAAUUGCCAAACAGAAGCGGGCAAUUCGUACGUGCGAGCUGUGUACGAAUUGACGGAUUUGGUUCACCGUCGCUUCCGAAAUUUUGCGUUGCAUAACAAGUGGGUGUAUUACCUCACCCCAGCUGGACGGCGUUUUCAAAAAGCCAAAGGACAUGCACAUAAGCACACAGAGGACGUGAUCAGACGGAGGAGAGAGACGCUGAAGUUGGAAGCUCAGCAGGACAAGACGCAGCAGAAACGGAACCUGGAUUUCCUCGACAUUUUGCUGAGUUCCCGUGACGCGGACGGGCAGAGCCUAUCAGACGAAGAGAUUCGCACGGAGGUCGACACCAUCAUGUUUGCAGGCCACGACACGACGGCGAGCGGCCUCUCCUGGGUCCUGCAUGCACUUGCGAGCAACCCGCACCACCAGGAGGUGUGCCGCGAUGAGGCGGCCCGCGUGCUGGCCGGGCGCUCGCAGCCAGAGUGGGACGACAUCUCGAACCUGCCCUACACCACCAUGGUCAUCAAGGAGUCUCUCCGUCUCUACCCACCGGUGCCGAGCAUCAUCCGCAAGCUCACGCAGCCGCUCAAGCUGCCACACGGACAUGUUCUCCCAGCCGGAAUGCGGGUUUGCGUCAGCAUCUUCUGCAUCCAUAGAAAUGAGGAAUUCUGGAAGGAUCCUGAGGUUUUUGAUCCGCUGCGGUUUUCUCAGGAGAAUUCCGCACACAGACAUCCGUACGCCUUUAUUCCAUUCUCUGCUGGACCACGAAACUGCAUUGACCAGAACUUUGCCCUCAACGAGCUGCGCGUCACCGUGGCGAUGAUCCUGUCACGAUUUCGCAUCCAUUCGGCCUCCCCGCCGGCCUGGCCCCUGCCUCAGCCUAUCCCUCGCAUAGUUUUACGUUCAAACACUGGCUUUCAUUUCCGUUUUGAAAGACUCUAGCCUCUCAAAUCUGUCCCAAAAUAACAUUUUGAUACCUAGACAAGGUAAGGCAUGCGCAAUUUAUAUUAGUUUUUGAUAAACGUGCCGAUCAAAAACCACCAAGACAAGUCUGAUUUAUCAGGGAAACUUUAGAUAAACGGUAAUAUGCAAAAAGUACAAAAAAAUUGAAAAUCUAAAUAAAAACCACUAAGUGCUGAAACUUGUACUACUUAGUGCAAUGUAGAUACAAACACGUUUGUUAAUAAAAAAAAUUACUCCAUACAUAAAUGUGCCCAAGUUGGUAAUUGAACCCAGAGGACCCCCUUGCUAUGAGGCACGACUGCGCCAACUUUCCACCGUUAACACACACACAUGAACGUUUGCCUCUGCAGUGCAGAGGUCGCUGCGGUCAAAUCAAUGCAGGUGGUGCUGCUGCUGUUCCAAGGAGCAGUGGGAAAACAUCCCGAUACUUGGGUCAACUCUUAUUUUACAACAGCUUUGACUUAAGAGAUGGGGCCAUCUGCUAUAAAUAUAGAAGUGUAAUUGACUGGAACAGAAGACGAAUAGACAAGUAUUGUGCCAAGUAGCUUCUAGGAUUUGGUGCUGAAGGUUGGGGAAUACUUAACAGCCACGGGGACUGGGUCAGGCAGCAAGAGGCAGUCGAGCUGAGGAGAUGCGUGGUGAACAGGAUGAGACUGUGCCGAUCCAGAGCAACCGGCAUGCUCAGGGCUGGGGCAAAAUGACACGUAGUGCGUGACUGCGGCGCGAUGCUUGUGUAGCGUGAUGCUUGUGUCGCGUGAGUGCUCGGAUUGUUGUGUUCUAAGUGGGGGCUGUGUUCUCCUGAGGGGCCUAUUUUUCUCAAUGGGGGUUGUUCUUGUCAAUGGUGGUACACUGUAAAACAUGUUUUGCUUUACCAGCCGCCUCAAAUAAAUGUCAUAAUAAAGUGCGGUUUGGGCUUAAAACCCUGUGUCCUGGUCCACUGAACAACAUCAGCCACGAACCAUGCAUCUUAUUUUACACUCGUAU